GGGUGGAAAUUUCUUUUUCAUCAGUUCUUCAGAAGCAGAACUUGGCUUGUGUCCACCCAGCUGAGAGUAUAAAUGUCUGAAGCUCAUGGUGCAGGACUGUCAGACAGCUUGAGAAGUGAAGAACUCACAACAAGAGGGGAGAACCUUCAGAAGCAAGUCUUACUCAAAAGGUCUCCAAUUUGAAACAAGAAUGAAUUCUGCAGUCCAGUUCACGGUUCUCCUUGCAUGCAUCACCAUCUGCAGCUCUGCAGCUAUUAAAAACUGCAGGUGUGUGAAUUCAAUCAAGGCAGUAAAUCCUAAAAUGAUCGUUGAAGUAAGAGUGCUUAAACCGCGCCCGUACUGCAGCAAAUGUGAAGUGAUUGUCGCACUGAAAGAUAAACGCUCCAAAUGUCUUGACCCUGAGUCACAAUUCACCAAAUUUGUCCUUCGAGCAGACCAGAAGACGUGUGCUAAGAUGAGCACAGCCAUCUCAAAGACAGCCACUGCAGCAAGCACAACAGCGGUGACGUCGUCGUAAUGCACGCUUCUCCUGCUGCUGCGUGUUUAAAGCUUUUGAACAGAGAACGGUUCAGUCUGUCUGGAACAGUUAAAGUUAUUGUAGUCAUGUAAAAAUCUAACUUAUGCUGUUUAAAUGUUUUUGUGCGUGACCAGUGAAGAACAAAACCUGCAACACCUUUUUACAAACACCUUCUGUGAGUGCGUUGUGAUAAAAUGCAAAACUGUUUCCUGAUGCAUGUUAUUUUUUUAAUAUUAGUGUAUUUAAAAUGUCUGAUUUCCAAUGCGAUGUUUUAUUUUGAAAAACAAACAUGUACAUUUGUGAUAUUUUUGCUGUUUAAACUUAAAAUGAUGCAAGCUACUUGUAUUUGUUAUCAGAUAUUGCUGAUGCAAGACUUGAAUAAAUACAAAUGUGAUUCUGG